UUCGCGGAGGCGGGCACGCGCAGAGAAUCCUCACCAAACUCGACCGCGAGGAGAAAACAUCCUUUGGAUUUCUCAGCAUCACACUGGGAGAAAAAUGUCUCUUCCGCCGCCUCUCAUCAGCGUACUGCAUGUCUGCCAAAACCAUGUAACCGGAUUCACUGCUUGUGAGGAAAAUACUUCAAUCGACCAGUGACUGUUAUUUAAACAGAAAUUUUAAGUAGCUACCCAGUUAAUCUGAAAAAAAGAUACAAGGAUUGGAAAAGCAAAACUACCAAACAGGUGAAGAAAAUGGCGCUGAUUUACCUUGCCUGUCUCGCCUUGUGGACUGCAGUAAUUGGCUUUGUGCAGGGCUGCCCGGAGCAAUGCAGCUGUUCGGAUAAAUACGCCCACCAGUUUGCCGACUGUGCUUACAAAGCCCUGCUGGAGGUACCCCUGGGGCUGCCCUCCAAUGUGACAACUCUGAGUCUUUCCGCCAACAAAAUCACCUCACUUAAGUCAAAAAGCUUUGUGAAUGUCACCCAGGUUACAUCACUAUGGCUGGCCCACAAUGCAAUUGUGGAGAUAGAGAGCGGGACUCUGGCCCCCUUGGUGCAACUUCGCAACCUGGACCUCAGCAACAAUAAGAUCGUCAACUUCCCCUGGGAGGACCUUUACAACCUCACUGCCCUACAGCUGCUGAAAAUGAACAACAAUGAAAUGAUCAACCUGCCUAAAGAUGCCUUCUCCACCCUGAAAGACCUGAGGUCUCUGCGCAUCAACAACAACAAGUUUACCACAAUCGUGCAGGGGACCUUUGAGGCCCUGAGUUCCAUGUCACACCUGCAGAUCUACAACAACCCUUUCACUUGCUCUUGCUCGCUGGAGUGGCUCCGGGAUUGGAUCGCGGCAUCCAAAAUCUCCGUUCCUGAGCAGAAAUCCAUCAUCUGUGAGGCCCCAGAGGUGCUGAAAGGCACGUUGGUUGUAGCAAUACCUAAGCUGGAGUGCACGACUCCUACCGUCAGCAUAACCUACCAGCCCAACAUCGAAAACACUGAGCUCUAUGAGGGUUUCAUGUUAAUCCUCAACUGUGAAACCAAGGGGAACCCCAGGCCGGAUGUCAAGUGGGAGAUACUCGCAGGAAACCAGUACAUCGAGUUCAGUUUGCCUGGUAAUGGUAGUGAGAAAAAUGAUUUGCCCGUGGAUACCAAAAAUGUUGGAAAUCGUUAUCUGGUGUUCCAGAAUGGCACACUCAUCAUCCCUCGUAUGAGCAAAAAGGAAGACGGGAACUACAGCUGCUCAGCUGUAAACGAACUGGGCAAAGCAGAGGCCACGGUGAAGGUAGCGGUGGCAGGAACUCGGAAACACGAUGUCAACUCUGUGCUGGACACAACAGCUGAUAAAUCUCGUCCAGUGAUUGGACACCAGCCUGGGCCCAAGAACACCAAAAACAGUGUGAUCAGCUGGCCCAAAUCUGAGGAUAAGAUCAAGACCAUUCCGACUGGGACCACUUACAUUACAGUAGACACCAAGCAGCCUGGAUCGGACCCCAAGGACCCAACAUUUUCCAGCAAAUGUGGCAAAAAUGAUGGCACCCAAUACAUCUCCAACCAUGCCUUCAACAUGAGCCUGGAUCAGCUCAAGCAAUACACCUUUGAUUUUGGGGUGAUUGCCCUGGAAGUGUCAGAGACAGAGGCUAAAGUCCAGCUGAACCCUAUGAAGCUAUCCAGCGCCAAGGCCAACCUUCACCUUAGCCACCCGCAAGAUGUUGAAACUGUGGUCAAGGAGGUUUUCAGCCUUUACCAAACAUCAAGCAAAAAAGCUCCCCUGGAUAUGUUGUAUUUGUGUGUUGACACUGGCAAUGGACACUCAGUUGUUCAGUGGUCCAAGAUUGAGGAUGGUGUCAACGCAUAUCGUUUCCAGGGUCUCCAGCCUGGUACGAACUAUACCCUCUGUCUCACAUAUGGAGGGAAUGACUGUCAGGUGCAAGUAGUUUUCACAACCAGGAAGAAGAUCCCCUCCCUCCUGAUCAUUGUUGUUGUCAGCGUAUUUUUGCUGGCUUUGGCCACUGUCCCCCUGCUGGGCGCUACUUGCUGCCACUUGAUGUACAAAUACCAAGGCAAGACUUACAAGCUAAUCAUGAAGGCGCAGAACCCAGAUCAGAUGGAAAAACACAUGGCCGCCGAUUUCGACCCUAGAGCAUCCUUUGUGGAGUCAGAGAAGAACUACAACCCCAGCGAGAUGGGCGAGGGAGAAGGCGAGCCUGAAGGUGAGGCAGGAGAAGAGGAAGAAGAAGAAGGAGAGGUAGAGGGCAGUGUUGUGACGGAAUCCAUUCCCGAUUCGCAAUCGAAAACAAAUCAAGAAGAAUUCGAAGUGGGUUCUGAGUACAGUGAUCGAUUGCCAUUGGGGGCAGAGGCCGUUAAUAUCUCCGAGGAAAUUAAUGGCAACUACAAACAGCCAGGCCGCUGAAAUGUUUGUCGCUUGGAUUCAGUGUGUGUAAGAUAGUCACAUUCAGCCUGGUUAAGAACCAGGUAAUUUACCAUUUAUUAUUUCACAUGAAAGCAGGAUCGAAUAGAUGCGGUUCGAUUGUUUAACCUCCGCAAUGGCAUGAUGCCAAUAAUGCUAAAUAGUAUGCGCAUAUACGAUUUUCUUUUGUACAAACACACAGCCAUUUACCAUGACUGUCAUAGAUUGGACAACACAUUUUCCGAAAUGUCAAAUCUGUUAGUCAAUCAAACGAGGUUGGCCGCACAACCCAUGUCACAUUUAUAGCUGUAGUCAUCCAUUUGCAAAAGACACUUCAAACCGAUAAAGAGUGAUUAAAUAAUUCCUUUAUAUCGGGUGUAGGCUAGCAUACCCUCAUUGUAGUUUUCAUACGCCCGUUUCAGAAUGCUGCGAUGCUGGACAGCGGCAAAUACUGAUCCGUACGUGAAUUGACUGUUCCCAUUUUUCUAUAAAAAAUUUAAAGGGAAUCAUACUUUAUCUGUAAUCAAAUAUGUGUAAGCACUGGAAAAUCCAGUUCACUGCCAACAGUGUUAAGUGUACAGUGGAACUUCAAAAAUAUGACUCUAACCUCUGUAAUCUGGUGCUUAUCUCCUCGCGUUUCUCAAAGAUUCUAAACUUGUACUUUCUCUUUUUAGAGAUACUUGUCCGUGGCAUGUCACACAUACGUAGGCUAUUUUCAUGUGUGUUUUAAUAGCGUAUAGGACGGUACAUAUUCUUAAUGUCAGUGUGUGAUGUAAGCCCGGUAAUUUGAUAAGAUGUUUUCUUAUUUUCCAAGAAAAGGAAUGGUCGCCUGUUGGCCACAACGUAACUUUCAUCUGAACGUCUUUAAGUGUCCUGUAAAUCGACGCAUAGUGGAAUUUAAGUGGCUGUUUAAGACGAUGUUGUAAAGAUCUCUCAACCGUUUACCUCUUUUGAUAUGAUUUUAUGUACGUGGCGUUAAUAAAAUAUUAAAACCCA